UCUCCCUUCUUUUUCCCCUCUGUCUUCUUGUUCUGUGUUUGAAUGGAGAAGCUGGGUUCCCCAGAACCUGCACACCCCUCACCGGGUUCAGGGCCCGUUGCUGGGGAGUUCAUUGCCAAGACAGCAGGGGUUGAGGGAGACGAGGCAGCGGCGGCGGUCAGCUCCAAACUGUUUCGGUGUGCGUGCGUUAGACGUUGGAUACCGCUGGUCUACAGAGAGGAACUCUACCAAGUCUUACGGCUCACGGGCCCAUUGCUGCUGUCUCGGAUUCUGAACUUUCUCCUGUCUUUUGUUAUCAGCAUAUUCUGUGGUCGCAUUGGAAAUGCAGCACUGGCUGGAUACGCUCUCGCCUCAGUGACCAUUAACACGACCACAACUGCAGCAGGCCAUGGCCUUGCUUUGGCUUGUGACACGCUCAUCUCUCAGACAUAUGGCGGUAAGAACCUGAAACAGGUGGGAGUGAUCCUCCAGAAGAGCUCGCUGAUCCUGCUGCUGUUUUGUCUGCCCUGUUGGGGUAUCCUCAUCAACUCUUACAACUUACUGCUCCUCCUGCACCAAGAGGAUGAGGUGGCGAGAAUUGCCCACCUCUACGUGAUGGUGUUUCUACCUGCUAUUCCUGCCAUUUUCCUCCACCAGCUGCAAGUUGCCUACCUCCAGAACCAAGGCAUCAUUCUGCCUCAGAUGUACACGGCAGCAGCAGCCAACAUUUUUAACUUGGCGGCGAACUACAUCUUGAUCUUCAGCCUCGAUUUGGGUGUCAUUGGUUCAGCACUUGCCAACAGCCUCUCUCAGAUCGCCAUCUGCCUGCUGCUGUACGGCUACAUCAGAUGGAAGAAGCUCCAUCAGCGGACAUGGGGAGGCUGGUCCAUUGACUGUCUGCAGGACUGGGACUCCUUUAUGAAGCUGGCUGUUCCCAGUGCUUUCAUGACCUGUCUAGAGUGGUGGAUCUGGGAGACUGGCGGUUUCCUUGCUGGUAUACUUGGCGAGGUGGAUCUUGCUGCUCAGCAUGUGAUGAAUGAAGUAGGAACCAUAAUAUAUAUGUUCCCUCUAGGUAUCCAUGCAGCUACCUGUGUACGUGUUGGGAAUGCCCUGGGAGCCGGAAACACCAACAGGGCCAUACUCACCUGCAAAGUGGCCCUGGUUCUAUCAGGGGUACUUGGAAUAGUACAGGGUAUUGCCGUCGGUAGCACCAAAUCCAUCUUGGGCUACAUAUUUACAUCUGAUGAGGACAUUGUGGCGAUUGUCUCAAAGAACAUCACAAUCUACAUGUUUCUGCAGUUCUUUGACGCAGUUCUGUGUGUUUGUACAGGGAUACUUGUGGGAGCUGGGAUGCAGAAAAUCGGCGCCCUGUCCAAUCUGGUGUCUUACUACUGUAUUGGUUUGCCAAUCGGAAUAGCGCUGAUGUUUGCUGCCAAGCUCAGAACACUAGGCCUGUGGCUGGGUCUCCUCAUUUGUGUUUUCAUCCAGACGGGUUUCUUCCUGGUUAUUAUCUUCAAACUCAAUUGGAAGAAAGUCACACACAAGGCUCAGUUGCGAGCUGGAAAGAAAGUAAUGCUGAUACCAACACGUCCUGCUAGCACAGUGCUGACUGAAGCGAUGGUGUCCGACUUCCUUGACUGCCCUAAUGCAGCCCAGCUGGACAGUCAGGAAGCCUCUGGAGCACCCGGCUACAGUCCAGUCCACACCCAGGAUCAGGAGCUGAAAGCAGCCCACGAGGCCGAGGGCAAAAACGCAAAUGCAGGUGGUGCUGAGGGGGAUGGCGAAAAGAACAAAAACACUUCAAAUACCAAACCCAAAGCGGGGCUCCCUGUCAAUCACCUCAUCUUGCGUCGAGGACUCACCUUAGUGGUCAUGGUUCUCCUUUUGGUCGUAGGUAUCGCUUUCCAUUUUGCAUUUCCUAUCCCGGCACACACUGCUGAGAGCCGAGCCAACUUCACCCAGAGCUGGUCCAAUGACUCCACUCUCGCGCCGCUGGUUUCACUGGACCUGACCACGAACCUCUGAGCUGUCCCUGACCUCUGAAUGUAGGCAUCUAGUGGCUGAACACACACCUCACACACUGACGCUUUAGAUCUCCUCUGUAGAGAGGAAAGUGUCGAAUAGCUGUCUUUUUAAUAGUCCGCUCAUAGUCUUGGGUUGUCACUUUGUAAAGCUAUGGCCUGAAAUGGGCUCUGCUGUGCUGCUGAGCAAAUCCACAGGAAGCUGGGAGCAGCAUCAAACGAGACUGGCAGGAUGAACAAGCUCGUGUUUCAACCUGCUCAGCCUGAGAUGCUCAACUGGGACUGCAAGAUGCAUCAUAAAACCCCUCACUACGAGACCACGCGGGCAUCGAGGAACAGAUGUUUCCCUACAGAUAGCUUUUAAAUUUUUGCACCUAUUAUUGUCUUGAUUUCCGUUUUGAACUGUGAUAUAUUUUCUUUCUUACCGACUUUAAAUGAUUCUUUUUUUUGCGUGUUUUAACUUUAAGAUUGUCUGUAAAUAUCUGAUGUGAAAUUUACAUGCAUCCAUGUAAAUAUGUAAUACACAGUAUAGCUACAUGAGAAGGCUAUUACUGCAUUGUCUUCCUGUAUCACUGUGACUCCGCUCUGGAUUAUUUCAGGGCAGAGGUGAUUCACUAAUAAUAAGCUAGUUAUUAUAUUUUCUUUUCUUUUUUUUUUUUAAAAUUUUUUUUACUGCACAUCUAUGGCCAG